AUGGCUGAACCACUUUCAACAAAUGUUACUAUUGAACCGUGUCUUGAAUCAAGUGUCUAUGAAUAUUCACUUGAUGGCGAAAAAAUUAAAUCAACUCAAUCAAUGUCUGAUCAUUUUACGAAAAUUCUUUCACGAAUGGAAUUGAAUGAUUUACGUUCAGAAGAUUCUAUUGAUACACCAACAGAGGAUGAACGUCGAAUAGUCAAUGGGGGUAAAAAUACAUUCGGAGCAUUUUUUGAACAAAUGAGACAAGCUUAUAUUGAAGUAUGCGCAUUACAUGAUAUACUUUCAUUAGUAUCGAGUCGUAGAUAUUUUAAUUUAUCUGCUAAUGUUGCUGAUAUGGAAGAAACUUUAAAUAGUGGAAAUAGUCGACAACAACGUGAAUUAUUAGUUCGACAAAGUCAAGAUAUGAUACAAAAAUCUUGGGCAUCAAAACGAACAAGUGCACGACAAGCAGCUGAUGUUUUAUUAUCAUCAUAUCAACGUUUUAUGCAAAUAAUAAAUACAACAAGUGGUAAUGCAGAAAAUUUUCAUGUUCAAUUAUCAAAUUUAAGACAACGAUGGAAAAUAAGAAAACAAAAUAAUACAAAUAGAUAUUUAGGAGAUUUAUCAUUUCGAUCAGCUGGAUCAUUUUAUCCAUUUAAAAUGCAAUUUGAAGUCACUAAAGCUGAUAGUCAUAAACGUACACAAAAUAAUUCUAUUGAAGUUAUCAUACCAGAAGAAUUACAAGUUCGUGUUAUAUUAAAAAUUGUUAUUGAAACAAAAGAUCGACAAAUUUUACUUCGAACAUAUUCAACAAUGAUGGCAAAUGAUACAAUUAUAAAUUCACAAGAUAAUAGUUAUGAUUCAAUAUUAGAAAAUGCACAACGAACGGUAUUUUUAAAAGAACUUUUUUCACAACUUUGUCGAGAAGCGUCAGAUAUUACGAAUAUAAUUCAACCAACAGUUAUGAGAAAUUCAAUAAAAUGUUGGAUUCUCUCCGAUGUCAUGAUGACAAUAAGUCUUUUACGUGCCAGUGAAUUUGAUCCAACUAUUGAUGGAGAAUCAACUCAUUCCGGUGCACAUAUUGGUUUAUUAGAAUAUUCUUUAUGUGCAUUAUUACGUCAACAAUUUCUUCGUAAUUUUCAUUAUUCACAAUUAAAACCCAGUACACUGAUGUUAGGUGUACCUGCAUUAAGACGUGUUGCUGGUGUUAGUGCGUUUAAUUAUAAUCAAUUGAAAUCUAUUAGUGAAAAUAAAUCUAUUUUACAAACAAUUAUUGAACUUUCUCAACAUCAAGUUGUUCGAGCACGAAUUUUAGAUUUAUUAAAUAAUUUAUCAGCCAAUUCUGAUAUCAAUAUGAUUGUAAAUGUAAGUGCGUUUAGUUCAACAACAUCAACCUAUGGACGUAUUCAUUUAAUAUCACCUGGUUAUGAUAUGUUAUGCCGAUGGUCUUAUAUGUUUCAAAUCGAAGAAUGUCAAGUUAAAAUUCAAUAUAAAUCACAUUUAAUUGAAUUUCAACAUCAUAUUGAAGAAGUUCAAAGAUUUUUUAUUAAUCAAAUAGCGUAUUUUAAAUUUACAGUUGCUUGUACAUUAGCAAAAAUUUUCGGUUGGUCACUUGUAGGCAGUUCGAUGGCACCAACUGUUGGUAGACUCACAGAAAUUCAAUUCAGUGCUCAACUUAAUCAUACACAAAUAUCAACAUCAAUUGGAAUACGUAUUGGUGAUGAUUUACAAUUACAAGUAGCUAUAAGAAAACGUCGUGAUCAUAAUGAUGAUACAGUUAUGGAUGAUGAUUCAACUGACCGAACAGGAGGAUCAAGAGGAGUUAAAUAUGAUCCGAUUGAUCUAGAUAAUUAUUGUGGAAUAUCGACUUUACAAAAAUUUGAAAUGUUUAUUGCAAGUUUACUACAUGAAGAAAAACAACGUUAA